CGAGAGAGAAAGAAAAAUGACCACGAGAAUCCGUUGAUGAAAUUGUCUAAAAAAAGAAAAUAAAUAAGUUGUCCGAAGGUCUUUAAAUAGCAUUUGGAAAUUCUGAAUUUUUAAAUACCACACUGACCAUGUAUAUAAAUAGGACUCUACAAAUGACCACUACAAGCGAACUCUUAUAUAGCCAUUGUACGUACAUUGAAUCCUUAAAAGUCGGCUUUUACUCAGACGGUAAUAAUGGAUAAAUUCACAAGUUUCCUGAGUGGCGCCCAGAGUCUGGCAGGUGCUUUAGGAACAAAUGGCGAAGGACAGUUUGAUCGAGGAAAUGGAAAAAUCGUCAAGUGGUCCUUCAAAGGUCACAUCAUGGGGUUUGAGUGGAAGUACAUAGGGAUCUGUAUAGACCAGGCGACGGGGGAAACAGCCACGGCCGUAAAACAGAGCAGGGACGGCUCCAUCGAGCACUCCAUGCGGGAUCUGUUCCAGAAACUGGCCGCAAGGGGAGCGCUAUAAAGAGCCCCAUAGACAUUUCAUGAGGAUAUAUAUGUGGCUCAAAGUUUAGUUAAGAGCAUGGACUGGAUAUAAUUUUGUUGCAUUUUAGUUCGUGGGCACUAGACAUUCAGAAGUUUAUGCUAAUUUUAACUUACUUCUAUACUUCUUUUUCCCGGUGAGCACUCAACAAGUAAAUGCUCAAGAAAUAUGUAUUUGUGUGUGUUUCUGGAAUUUGUAAAUAAUUCAAAUAAGAUGUAAGAACGAUUAAGUUAAUAUGCAUACAUGUACACAUUACAAUUAUUCAUUUGAUGAAAAUUAAAUAUGAAUUCUUUAUUCUAGCAUGGACAUGUGAAUUAUUUGAAAUCUUUUCAUAUAGUUUUAAGAUUCUAAGUCUGACUCUGUUUAAAAUGUGAAUAUAUAUUUUAGAUGGUAUUUUUGUUUUGACAGGAUGUAAAU